AUGUCUCACACCCGCUCCAAAACAGCCGUCUCCGCCAUCCUCCCCUUCAACGUCGGCUUCCCAAGCGCAGACAUCCACCGCCUCCAAGCCACCCUCAAAGAUGCCCGGAUCCCAACCAGCGACAUCGUCCCGGGCUCCGGCAACGAAUACGGCAUGCCGACCAACUGGGCCACAUCCCUGUACAACCACUGGCUGCACAAAUUCUCACUCGACGACGCCCUCAACCGGAUGAAACGCAUGGGCACGCACCAGCUAACGCACAUCGAGGAGAUGCAAGUCCACUUCGUGCACCGGCCCUCCCAGAACCCGGAUGCGAUUCCGCUGCUGCUGGUGCAUGGCUGGCCUGGGAGUUUCUAUGAGUUUAGCGAGGUCGUGGAUUCGUUGGCCGAGGGCGAGAAGGAUAAGCCGGCUUUUCAUUGUGUGGUUCCUUCUUUGCCCGGUUUUUGCUGGUCUUCGGCUCCGCAGAGGCGCGGGUGGACUAUGAAGGAUACGGCUCGUCUGUUUCAUAAGCUUAUGGGUCGGCUUGGGUAUGAUAAGUAUUGUGUGCAGGCGGGCGACUGGGGUCAGUUCGUCGCUCGCGAGCUGGGCGCUAAGUACUCUGAUUCUUGCCGCACCGUCCAUCUGAACUUCUGCCCUGGCGCUCUCCCCGAAGGCGUCGAGCCCGUCGACCGCGAAUCCAAAGUCGCCGCCAAAGCCGUCGACUGGCGAACGAACCACAUCGGAUAUGCAGUCCUCAUGCGCACUCGUCCGCAGACCCUCGGCUGGAUGCUCAUGGACAACCCGAUAGGGAUCAUGGCUUUCGUUGGCGAGAAGUAUCACGAAGCGGCCUCGCCAUCCGUCUCUUCCUCCCCGGCUUGGUUUGACCAUAUUCUUGCCACGGUAUCUCUGUACUACUUUACUCGCUGCAUUAUGACGGCCUCUCUGCCCUACUACGAGAACAUUCGCCACGAUCAGUUCGCGGAGUACUGCACGCGCGUGGAGAACACGAUCAAGUGUCCGCUGGGUUACACGAGUAUGUUCUACGACACCUCUCCGAAUUCGCGAAAAGCGGUGGCGAGGACGGGGAAUCUCGUGUGGUAUAAGGAGAGGGAUUAUGCAGGGCAUUUUGCUUGUUUGGAGGAUCCGAGGGGCAUUGUGGAGGAUGUGAGGGAGGUUGUUGGGAGCCAUUGGAGCAAGUGA